CCUCCCUUCCAGAGCCCCGGUUCCUUAGAAACCAGGCAGCGUGCUCCCGGUACCGGUGCGCUGGAUUCCGGUACCCGUGCAUCCGCACUAGCCUCCCUCGGGGAGGACGGACAGCUCCGGAACCCGUGGGGACGCGUGGUCUCGGGUGCGGCGCGGGGCGGGAGAUGCCAGCGGGCCAGGAGCCAUGUUUGAUCAGGACUGUGGGAAGGUCAGCAUACUGGAGACCCUUGUAAGGAGAUGAGUUGUUGAGCAGAGGCCCAGAUGAAGAUGCUGCCAGGAGUGGGCGUGUUUGGGACUGGCAGCUCAGCCCGAGUCCUGGUCCCACUGCUAAGGGCGGAAGGGUUCACUGUGGAGGCCCUGUGGGGGAAGACGGAGGAGGAGGCCAAGCAGCUGGCUGAGGAGAUGAAUAUCACCUUCUAUACCAGCCGGACCGAUGACAUCUUGCUGCAUCAAGACGUAGACCUGGUGUGCAUCAAUAUUCCACCUCCGCUUACCCGACAGAUAUCUGUGAAGGCUUUAGGAAUUGGGAAGAAUGUGGUGUGUGAGAAGGCAGCAACAUCAGUGGAUGCUUUCCGGAUGGUGACAGCGUCUCGCUACUACCCACAGCUGAUGAGCCUGGUGGGGAAUGUGCUGCGCUUCUUGCCUGCCUUUGUGCGCAUGAAGCAGCUGAUUGCAGAGCACUACGUGGGCGCGGUGAUGAUCUGCGAUGCCCGCAUCUACUCAGGCAGCCUGCUUAGCCCAAGCUAUGGCUGGAUAUGUGAUGAGCUUAUGGGUGGUGGGGGCCUGCACACCAUGGGCACCUAUAUUGUGGACCUGCUGACCCACCUGACUGGCCGGAAAGCCGAGAAGGUACAUGGGCUGCUCAAGACCUUCGUGAGGCAGAAUGCCACCAUCCGUGGUAUCCGGCAUGUCACCAGUGAUGACUUUUGUUUUUUCCAGAUGCUCAUGGGUGGGGGGGUAUGCAGCACAGUGACACUCAAUUUCAACAUGCCAGGUGCCUUUGUGCACGAGGUCAUGGUGGUAGGCUCAGCAGGACGCCUUGUUGCCCGGGGAGCUAACCUCUAUGGGCAGAAGAACUCUGCCACACAGGAGGAGCUGCUGGUGAGGGACUCACUGGCUAUGGAUGCAGGGCUGCCUGUGCAGGGACCCCAGGACGUCCCACUGCUUUACCUGAAAGGCAUGGUUUAUAUGGUGCAGGCCUUGCGCCAAUCCUUCCAGGGGCAAGGGGACCGCCGCACCUGGGACCGCACUCCUGUCUCCAUGGCUGCUUCAUUUGAGGAUGGGCUAUAUAUGCAGAGCGUGGUGGAUGCUAUUAAAAGGUCAAACCGAUCUGGGGAGUGGGAGACUGUGGAGAUGUUGACGGAGGAACCGGAUGCCAAUCAGAACCUAUGUGAAGCACUUCAGCGGAACAACCUUUGAGCCUGCACAGGGGACUAGGAAGUGUGUCUGGCAAUAACAGAGACAGUGUCUUUCAUUUAAGAAACUAGCUUGUGCUAGGGCUAGGAGAAGAUUGUAGGUGGCCCAGGAAAAUGGCAGUCCAUCUGCUCAAUGACUCCUCAGACUUGUAAGGCAGCAAAUGCUCCUGCUACCAUGGCUCAGGGUAGCAGUGUGCGCAGGGUGGGGCUGCCACCUGGCCUCUUACGCUUCUGUCAGUGAGUAGGGCCAGUGACUGUUUACCCUGAUUUUGGUCUGACAGAAUGAGAGAGCCCAAUAAGGAGCUGGCUUAGCUGAGUCCUCACGGAAGAUGACAAGAAGCCUCGCCUUCCCCGGCUGGGCAUGUUGGGAAGGGAGAGGGCAACAGGUCAUCCCUCAGGGAUCCUCACCUGCCCUCCCUUGUGACCAGACCCUCUCAGCCUCCAGGCUGCCCUUCCUACAGAAAAGGUUUCUGUACUAUACUUUCAGGAGCUGUUGACUAGGGAGAGAAGAGACAAAGUGGAGCUGUAGGACUUUUGAUAAAUGUCAGUAAAUAAGAGAAAAAUGUGACAUCAUGGUAUGUGGUUGUUUAGGGUUGGGGUUCUUUAAUAAUGAAAGGCUUGUUUACUGCUGUAGAUUGCUUGGGGUUCUUUGUUCUUUUUGGUUUUGUUUUUCCCUUUCCACAGCAGCUCUGAGCCUGCCAUGGAUCUGUCACCAUCUGCUGGGCCACAUAGGCUCCUGCUACUGUCUGUCCUCAUCUCUGGCUUCCUUCCUCAUGGCUGAGUCCCAGAAGUUCUACAAAUAAAAGUGCUUCCUCAGAGGACAGGGUGCAAAG